AUGGCAUGCGUGACGCAGCAAGUCGUGAACCCUGGCACAGAGCCUGUUCUCACACGUGCAGGAAUCAUCGGAGGGCGCAUCGUCAUCGGGCAGCUGGACUGGGCUCGCCGCUACAAGUCUGGAGAGAGGCGAUGCGACGGCAAGGGCGUCAUGCAGCAGAAGGGGCAGUUGCUGUGCGCCACCUGCAACGGCCUGGGCUCACGCGGCCCUCGAGCUCAGAUGAUCAGGCGCAGCAAGGUGGUCAGCAAGUAA